AUGAUGGGAAACAACAGAGGCAUCUAUUUACUUAAAUACCUUACGUUUGCCAUUUUAGCAACCCCAUGGAAAUAUUCUAAAGAAAUAACUACUGACUUGGGUGAAUCACAAGAUAGGAUAGUCAACCCUAGAACAGUAUUAAAUUGCAGAAAUGGCAGAUUGCUAAGGGGAGACAUAGACAUAGAUUUGGAAGUAAAAUACGACCUCUUCAAGGAUAAAGUUACGAACAUAGUGGAUGAGGAUGACUACGCAUUCCAAAAUAGAGUAAAAUCAGUGAUGCAAGAUGAUAAAUUUAGAGAAUGCUUUAAUAAAAUCAGAUGCAAUGGGAGUUCUCAUAGAUCUGACAACUUUAAUGAUUCUUAUGAAAAUGUUCUGAGUUAUGACCAGUUCUAUGAUUCCUGCCAGAAGAGUCAUCAUAAUUUAGACCAGUUGUAUGAUUCCUGUGAAAGUAUUGAUAGUUCUGACGAAUCAUCUAAUAAAAACAAUUAUUAUGAUGAUGAAGAUGAAGAACUUGAUAGCUCUUAUAAUAGUGUUGUCCACAGCGGAGUUCCACAAUACAACGCAAUGAAAUACGAGAUGCCUAUAAUGGAAAACAAUAUGUUCCUUUUCGGUAUAUCAUUUCCUAUUUUCCACUUUUUAAUAUGGAUAUUGCACUACCAUGAUAAGUCAACUGCUUUUGGUACGCCAUGCAGCGUGGACAGCUGCAUAAACGUCUCAUCAAAUGGAACAUGUGACAGAAUGUUAACAGUAAAAGAGAAAGAAUCAAACUGGAGAGAACAAAACUUUGUACCCUUUCCAAAAAAAAGCAUAAAUUUAUUAGAUAAAGAUGAUGACAUUUUUGGAAAAAGAUUAAAUGCAUUAGCACAGAAUGAUGACGAUCAUUUUCGAAUACAAUUUAAUCCGUUAAUGCGGGAUGGCCUCUCUCAAAAAGGGUGUAACAAAUUAAUGCAAAACAAGCCUUUUCAUAAACAUGUUAACAUAUUAAAUAAGAGUGACAAUAAUUUGGAGAAAAACCCUUUUCUCGUCUCACCACAUGUAGAUCACAGUAAUCACGACCAUUCGGACCCGUUCAAAUUUUGCAACAAUUUGGAAGAAUAUUUUGACAAAUUAAAAAUUCAAAAAGAUAAAAAAGAAAAACAAAUUGAAGAAUUAAAACGUCAUGAAGAAUAUAAAGCAAAACGGAAGGGUGAAAUAAAACGAACGAAUAAUCUUAAAAGAGAACAAAACAAUGAAGUGGAAGAUUAUGUGCCUUCUAAAUUAGAAGAAAAUGAUAUUUUCGAAGGAUCUAUCGAUCGUUAUGUGUAUAAAGAAUUAGUAAAACCAAGAAAAAGAUCAACAGUACGCACCUUAAGAAAAGUAAAUAAAAUGUUAGAUGCAGAAGUGAAUCGAUUUUUAAAGAAAAAAGCAGCUGGUCGUUAUGCCUAUAAUGGUCGAGGCAUCCGGGGAAAAAUAUUUUCAUUUAUAGACAAAUACAGAUCAACAUGCUAUAAUGAGGACAAUUCAAAUAAUCCAUAUAAUAUAUUCGACAUAACCGCGUCUGUAGGAUCAGGUCUCUCAGAAGAACAAAACUAUGCACACUUAAAAAAAGGAAUAAAAAAUUUUUUAGAUGAAGAUGAUGACAUUUUUGGAAAAAGACUGAAUGCAUUAGCACAGGAUGACGCAUUUAGAGAACACUUUAGUGAUUUCAUAGACAAGGACGCUUCAGAAAAAAUGUUCCUUGGAUUAGCACAAGAGAAAGAAUUCCAAAAAUAUUUUGAUUCAUACAACAGUAGUGGCAACUAUGAGGGAAAUACUGACCGAUUCAGCUUUUAUGAUAGCUCCGAAAUUUUUCCCCACGAAUUAGAGCGUAAAAACAAUCGUAAAGCAGGACCAGUUAACAUAGCAAAACGGAAUAAAUCUAAUAUCCAAGAAUCGGUUAAAGAGGGGGAGGAAGAAUAUGAUAUCGCUAUUAAUUUAUCACAAGAUCUACAUCGUUAUGAAUCCCUUCAAUCUUUAAUUUAUGAGAAUGAAUACAAAGGGCACAAAUCAUGGAUAGACAGAAAAAUAAGGAAACUUAAUUCAAAAGUAGAUUCAGAAAUCAUAAGAUUCCUUAGAAUUAUGUCAGGCCGUACCAGAAUUUAUAAAGGUAAAGGCUUAUCAGGAUAUUUCAAAUCCUUACUCAGUAAAUAUAGAGUAUUUAAACCAAUCGCAAUAGGUGUAGGUUUAUCUGUUCUUACAAUAUAUAUUGCAAGUAUCUUAAGUAAUCCAUUAGUGUUAAUAGUACUCCCAUUACUCACCGUUAAUUCUACUCUGUUGACGAUCGCAUACUACAUUAUAAGAACAAUGUAUAUAAAAUGUAUUUGUUACGACCUAAGAAAAGCAUCUGUCCUCUCGCUUUUAAUGAGCAUAUAUCAAUGCUACGAUAAGUCAGAGAGCCUUAAUACUUUAUACCACAAUGGAAGCAAACUUAACAAUUCAUUCAAUAAAAAAUUUGGACGAAUAUUACAUGAGAGAGAACAAAACUUUGUACACUGGCAAAAAAAAAUGAUAAAUUUGUUAGAUGAAGAUGAUGACAUUUUUGGAAAAAGUUUAAAUGCAUUAGCACAGAAUGAUGACGAUCAUUUUCGAAUACAAUUUAAUCCGUUAAUGCGGGAUGGCCUCUCUCAAAAAGGGUGUAACAAAUUAAUGCAAGAGAAGCCUUUUCAAAAACCUUCUCAAAAGCAUUUUCAAGAACAUUUUCAAGAACAUUUUCAAGAACCUUUCCAUAAACCUUUUCAAGAACAUUUUCAUGAACAUGUUAACAUAUUAUAUAAGAGUGACAAUAAUUUGGAGAAAAACCCUUUUCUCGUCUCACCACAUGUAGAUCACAGUAAUCAGGAUCAUUCUGACCCGUUCAAAUUUUGCAACAAUUUGGAAGAACAUUUUAACAAAUUAAAAAUUCAAAAAGAUAAAAAAGAAAAACAAAUUGAAGAAGAAUUUAAAUGUCAUGAAGAAUAUAAAAACAAGAGAAACGCUAUAAAACGCAAAGGUGAUUCUGAUGAGAAGCUAAGAGAGGAGUUAAAACGCAAUGUUUAUUAUGCAAGGAAAUCACUUCACGAAGUGGACUAUGAUGAUAUUACCUUUAAGUUAGGAUAUAAUGGACAUUUAGAAGAAUCUGCUGAGUAUUGUACGAAUAAUAGAAGUCUAAAGCCAAAAUAUGUAUCAACCUUACCUAUCACCGUAGAAAAGGAUAUUUCAGCACAUGAAUUAGAACUGCUAAGUUAUAAAAAUGACAUUUCAUAUUGUAAUAGUAGCUAUGUGUGUAAACGUCCAGCAUUAGGUUCGUUCAUAGCGUAUCUUCAGAAGAGGUCACGUCAUUCUCCUAAAAACAAUAAUUUAUCAUCCAGGGGUAUAGAAUACCCACGUGGUCACCCAAAACCUAAAAGGUAUAUUCACUAUAUAAAUUUCUAA